UGCUCUCCACUCACUGAGAGUCUCUUCUGCUGAGUUUGAGCUAACUGUCUCUCUCCGUUCUUAGAAACACUCUGAGUGAAGCACAGCAGGGAUGGCACAGCUCAGUGGGAUCUUGAUAAAAGGAGGGAAAGUUGUGAACGAAGACUGCUCCGUGAUUAGCGACGUCUACAUCGAAAAUGGGAAAAUCCUAGAAGUUGGAAAGAAUCUUCAGAUCCCAGCGGGGGUGCGAAUCAUUGAUGCCACCGAUAAAUUAGUGAUACCAGGCGGUAUCGACACGCACACGCACAUGGAGCUGGCGUUCAUGGGCACCAAGGCUGUGGACGACUUUCAUAUUGGCACCAAGGCUGCUGUAGCAGGAGGCACCACAAUGAUCUUGGACUUUGUCAUCCCCCAAAGAGGCAAGUCGCUCCUGGAGGCCUAUGACUGCUGGCGUCAAACCGCCGACCCCAAAGUUUGCUGCGACUACUCGCUGCACGUUGCUGUCACGUGGUGGAGUGACAAGGUCAAGAAAGAGAUGCAGACACUGGCUGAAGAGAAGGGAGUCAAUUCCUUCAAGAUGUUUAUGGCCUACAAAGACGUGUUCAUGCUGCAGGACUCUGAGCUUUAUGCUGCCUUCUCCAACUGUAGAGACAUUGGAGCUAUAGCUCAGGUGCAUGCUGAGAAUGGAGAUCUGAUUGCCGAGGGGGCUAAGAAGAUGCUUUCAAUGGGCAUCACAGGACCUGAGGGCCAUGAGUUGUGUCGUCCUGAGGAGGUGGAGGCAGAGGCCACCCAGCGGGCCAUCACCAUCGCCAACGCUGUCAACUGUCCAUUGUAUAUCGUCCAUGUCAUGAGCAAAUCUGCUGCCAAGGUGGUGUCUAAUGCACGCAGAGAUGGGCGUGUGGUGUUUGGGGAGCCCAUUGCAGCUGGUUUAGCCACAGAUGGAACCCACUACUGGAACAAAGAAUGGGCUCAUGCAGCUGGCUUUGUCAUGGGGCCUCCCCUCAGACCUGACCCCAGCACCCCAGGGUACCUCAUGGAUCUACUGGCAAAUGAUGAUCUGAAUGUGACAGGGACGGACAACUGCACCUUUUCCUUGUGCCAGAAGGCUCUAGGCAAAGAUGACUUCACCAAAAUCCCUAAUGGAGUGAAUGGAGUGGAGGACAGGAUGUCUGUUAUCUGGGAGAAAGGAGUUCACAGCGGCAAAAUGGAUGAGAAUCGAUUUGUAGCUGUAACCAGCAGCAAUGCAGCUAAAAUCUUUAACCUCUACCCACAAAAGGGACGCAUCGCCAAGGAUUCAGAUGCCGAUAUUGUUAUAUGGGACCCCAAGAUGACAAGGAAGAUAUCAGCCAAGACCCACCACCAGGCAGUGGACUACAACAUCUUUGAGGGCAUGGAGUGCCACGGGGUCCCUGUGAUCACCAUCUCCAGAGGAAAUGUGGUCUAUGAAAAUGGGCAGUUGAAGGUUUCACCGGGUCAUGGCAGAUUCAUCCACAGAAACCCCUUCUCAGAGUUUGUUUACAAAAGAAUCAGGCAAAGAGCGCAGGUGAGGAAACCUACUCCUGUGGCCAGAAAACCCUAUGAAGGCAAAGUCAUUUCUAUUAUGAAUGACUGACAGAACAUGAAAGACACCUUUGGUCUCUGACCACGGAUCCACAGUAGAAUAUUGAAGUUUGGGGGGGGGGGGGGUAUUCUCAUUGAAAAAGUGUGCUUCUCAUUUUUGUUUAAACAUUUUCCUGGAAGCCAAAGAAACAUUGUUUAGUUAUCUGAAUGACUGUAUGCAGCAAAGGUUGUAGUUUUAGUCUUAAGGUCAUGGGCAUUGGAUCCAUUUAAUACCGGGGGCCACCCACUUUUAAAAUCACUCUUUUGGACCCCCUCACUUUGACGAGUCACAACCUGGUCACAACAUUUUCCCGUCAGAUUUUCCCCUCAUGAUGUCAUCGGGGGAGUAAGCUCCACCCCCAGGUUUCUUUGGCCCUCCCUGCUCUCCUGAUCCUCAUCUCUUUGAGAGAGCUUAAUCCAUUAAGCCACAUCAAUUUCCUAAGAGGGGUGGAGUCAGGGGCGGAGUCAGACAACUCUUUAACAUUUAAAGCCACAGACAC